AUGACUAAAAGGUUUAAAUAAAAAACAAUAUUAUUCAAAUAACCUCCUCUUAAAAAGCAAGAUUAAUUGUUGUGUACUUUCAUUAAAUGGCUUGAUUUAAUAUCAUUAGGUGAAUGCAUUUCUAUGGUCAAGGAUUAUAAGUGCUUUAUAUUUAUGAUAACAAUUUGUAAAAAUUAGUAUUUCAAGAUUUAUAAUUUUUCAGAAUAUUGAAUGUCAAAAUAACUAAAUACAGUCAGUUGAAUUUGAAUAAUUGGCAAGAUAAGAAAAUGAUACUUUGAUAAAAAUUGUCUAUCAAUUAUGCCAAUCCUACCUAGUAGGUUAGGUUGAUACUCUUUCAUUUCAAAUCAGAAUACUAUUGAAUUUCAGUUUCAAGAUGAAUCAUUUGAAUUAGUGGCAUUCUCUUUAAUUAAUUUGA